GCCUCAGGCUUCUCCCUCUUCAAGACAGAAACACAAUAUAUAUAUAUAUAUACAUCCUCUUCACGAAUAUGCGACCACCGUAUCGUCUGUUCUUCCUCACUCUGCUAGUUUGCGGAUUCUACGCGUCCUCCACAGUUGUGUAUUCGAUUUCGGUUCUUUUGACAGGUCAUAUUCUUGUCCUGUUGGUUCCUAUGUUGAAUCCCCGCCUCUCCCUUUUCUCCACUCUCAAAGUUGCUCUCGCUGGAGGAACGAUAGUGGGAGUGAUCCAUGGACUUAUAGUUUGCACGUAUUGCAUUGCGUGGGUCAUAUUGAAGGGUCGGGAUGCAGACGUAGACGCACUCGGACGCGAAAUGACGGAACGCUAUAAACGCAACAAGACCCUCAUCACAAUCAUGAUUGGUGGUCUGUCAUGCACAACCUGCGGUCCCCUCGGUGUCGCUGCGCUUCAACGCUGGAGAUUCACGAAGAGUAGCGCAGAAGCUUGCUUGGAGAUUGGUUCCUCCAGAGUGGAGAGCGUUAUGGCGAAGCAGGGAGCCAAGUGGUGAUGCAUCGAGCGUUGAUCGCAUGAACAGUGGGGGGUCAGAAGAUGUGGGCCAGACACAGCAGUAAUACGAAAGGAAGAUGGGUUGAUCUUCGAGACGCUCAAAGCAUGCGUGCCUUCUCCAGCCAGCCGAAUGCGAGAACAAGAAACGAUACUGCGAUGG